AUGCAGCUCACCCUUUACCUUUGUGUUGGAUUUUUGUGGGGAUGCACAAAUGCAUACUUGAAAAAGGGAUGUUCAGAAAAAAAAGGAGAAAAAGGACUACUUAAAGAAAUGAUUUGUAUGCUCCAUAAUUGGCACAUUGUAAUACCAUAUUUAUUAAACCAAUUAGGGUCUUUACUUUAUUAUUACUUGUUAGGCCAUUCAGAUAUUUCUUUAGUUAUGCCACUUUGUAACGUCAUUUCUUUUUUUUUCACAUUCCUCACUGAAAUAAUAAUUUUUAAUAAGGCCUUCACUUUUAAGUCUGUGAUUGGCUUGUCAUUCCUGAGUGUGGGGUUGUUUCUCUGUCUGAAUUCUUAA